GUCGCUUGAGCUUGAUUAUCAAUAGUAUAAUCAUUAAUGUUGAGCCACAAGGAAUAGUUUUCUAACGAUUUUAUUUGAAAACGCUGAAUACGCUGGUGUGGCGCACAAAGCGCUGAAAACAUUUUUGUAAAAAAUAUUCGAGUAAAAACUUCAUGUUAGUUUGAAAAUAACCAAAGAAAUUUGUGUGUGUCAGGAACAUUUAGUAAACAAAACUUAUUUCUGGUUUUUUAAGUGAAAUUAAAGUAUAUUACUACUUUAUUAACAAUGGACGAGGAGUAUGAGGAUGAGGGAUGGAUGGGACGCCACAGAGUAGGCGACGAAGAGCCCGAGGGACCAGAACACAUUGAAAAUCCUCAGGAAGUGCUCAAUGAGUGCCUGGAGAAAUUUUCCACCUCAGAUUAUAUCAUGGAGCCGGGUAUAUUUACCCAACUCAAAAGAUAUUUUCAAGCGGGCGGCACUCCUGAGCAGGUCAUCAAUCUCUUAUCUCACAAUUACACUGCGGUGGCUCAGAUGACCAAUCUCAUAGCUGAGUGGCUCAUAACAGCCGGAGUGAAGGUUGUGGAUGUCCAGGCUAUGGUGGAGAAUCACCUAAAAGACAUGAUUCUGAGGACUUUUGACCCAAAGAAGGCUGAUACGAUUUUCACAGAAGAGGGAGAGACACCAGCCUGGUUGACUGAAAUGAUUGAGCAUCCCACAUGGAGAUCGUUAAUUUAUCGCUUAGCUGAAGAGUAUCCUGACUGCCUUAUGCUGAACUUUACAAUAAAGCUGAUCUCAGAUGCUGGAUUCCAAAGUGAGAUCACAUCCAUUUCCACAGCAGCCCAGCAGAUUGAAGUGUUUUCACGUGUCCUAAAAACUGCCAUCACAAAAUUCCUCACAAAUCCUGAUGAUGUACAAAAUUCCAUUCUCGAAUGUGCCAAAAUGGUCUGCCAUGGACAACAUACGUACGUCUACAGCCAAGUUCUCAUACAGGUUCUCUCCCAAGAGGUCAAAGGGGGUUUCAACAUGAAGCGACUCUCGCAGGAAAUCACUAAAUACGCCCUUCAAAUAAAUCAAAAUGUGACUCCAAUUACGAUGGCUCUGAAUGGAUCAGCGGGAUAUCCUCAAGCAUGUGAAGCUCUGACAUCAAUGCUAUCGCGAAAUACUCUCAAUCCGGCUGACAUCAAUGUUCUCUAUCGCAAUUAUUCUGCUGUUGAUCCUCCACCAAUUGAUCUCAUUAGAAAUCCCCAAUUUUUGGACUUGCUCGUGGAUUCGCUCUUCAAAGCUGGGGUAAAGAUCAAUCCUGAGCAUAAGUCCAAGUACAUCUUCCUACUGGCAUAUGCAGCUAGUGUAUGUGAGACGCAAACAAAGAAGGGUGGUCAGAUGAAACGCACAAUCAACAAAGAUGAACUGAAAAACACAACUCAAGCCAUUGAGAAAGUUCAUGCAAUCUGCAAUGUCAACAAAGGUUCAACAGAAUUAAUUGCUGAUUUGCAGGUGCUGUACAAUUGCAUCCGAUAUCCGGUGGUUGGAGUUGGUGUUAUUCGUUGGGUUGAGAAUACAGUUACGGAGCCGUCUUAUUUCAAAUUAUCCACGGACAGUUGUCCUCCGCAUUUGGCUCUCCUGGAUGAAGUGGCUACUGUACACAGUUCUCUCCAUCCACAAAUCCUACGUUUAUUGAUUCGCUUAUUUGAGUCCAAGCAGGAUGAACUGGAGAUCCUGGUGCAACUUGAAAUGCGAAAAAUGUUGCUGGAUCGUAUGGUGAACCUCCUGACGCGCGGUUGUGUAGUCCCUGUGGUCAAGUACAUCAAACAGUGCUGCCAAAGGGGUGACACCGAUAUCUCCCUCAUUCGCUAUUUUGUCACUGAAGUAUUGGAAACUAUCACACACCCCUAUUCGCCGGAAUUUGUGCAGCUCUUUCUGCCAAUGGUGGAAAAUGAGGAGAUCACGGGAUCCAUGCGAGGUGAAGGUGAUCAAGAUCCCGUAUCCGAAUUUAUCGGUAAGUAAUAUUCUGCUUCAAUAAAAUUGUCAUAUAUAGAAAAAUUCGUCCAUCCAAUCUCUGUGAUUCCCCAAUUCCUGCAAUCUUAUCUCGUGUCCAACAUAAUAGUCGAUAAUUAUCAAAUUUCUCAUGAUUUAUGACGUAUUUGUCAUGUGAAUACGCAAGCGUCAUAAAAAAUAUUUUUUACUUAACGGUCUAUUUGCUGUGUCAACUAAUAAAACUAUAUUAGUCAAAAAUAGAAAUAAGCGCGAAAGAGUUUUGGUAAUUUUAGGAUGAAGAUAAGAUUAUAUGAUAAAUUUAUGUUAUGAUUCACUCUAAGCCAAGUCUUAUUCAAAUAUCAUGUGUGAUUCUUAUUGAUUUCAUAAAAAAAAAUGCUGAUCUAAUUAAUUCAUUGCACGAUUUAAAUAUGAAAGCAAUUUAUAUGUCGCUUAUUGGAAAUUCCAGAGGGCCAACUCAAUCUAAAGAAUUUUAUAGGAGGCAGCAUCAGAGAUUCGAUUUAAUGUAAAUAUUUAUUUUCUGCAAAUGACUGGACAAAGCCAGUGAUAAGCCUUGAUCAGCUUAUAGAGGUGUGAUUCCUUAGUUGCAAAUUCGGAUUUUGGCAAACUUGAACGAUAUUUGUAAAUAAAUAUUGCAAAUUUCGUUUUAAUUGUAUGUAAUGCCGGCUUCAGACUGGACGUUUAGCCCAGUUCUCGCUGGUCUCAAAAAUUUAAAUAACGAGCAGUUUUAAUGAUUUUUCAAAAUCUAUUAGAUCAUUUGCCCUUAAUAUCCAAUUCUAAACAAAAAUUUCCUAAAAAAUUGUGUCUGAUAAGGAAUUAGAGGAGUUAAGCCAGAUGGCUAAGCCUUAGGUCUGAAGACCGUAUAACUUAUUAUCGUUAUUAAUGAGGAAAAUUGGAUGAGAAAUGCAUAAAAGUGUCUGAAAAUCUUUAAAGUAGAUUGUCUCAGAAAUGUAUAAAAUGUAUAAAAGUGUCUAAAAAUCUUUAAAGUCGAUUAUCUCGAAAACUAUGAAAGAUAGAGGCCUCAACUUUACAUUCAUUGAGAACCUCUGUCAGCGAUCCGAGAAAAUCGCGCCCCGCGAAAAUCCACGAAAAAAUUCGCGCCCCGUGAAAAUUCGGGAAAAAAAUACGCGCCCCGUGAAAAUUCGGGAAAAAUACGCGCAACGCGAAAAUCAUCAAAAAAAUUCGUGCCUCACGAAACUCCGCGAAAAAUUAUGCGCCUCAUGAAAAUCCGCGAAAAAAUUCGCGCCCCGCGAAAAUUCGCGAAAAACUACGCGACCCGCUCAAAUCUGCGAAAAAUUUCACGCCCCGCGAAAAAUUUCACUCCCCGCGAAAAAAUUCGCGCCUCGCGAAGAUCCGCGAAAGACAUCGCGGAUCGUGUAUUGUACAUGCCACCUUACAAAUCUUCGAAUAUAGACUCACUACACUGAGAAAAAAAGAGGGUGCAAUUAACUUUUUUUCCUCAUAACUUUAACACUUUUUAGGUGUAAAAAUAUAUCAACAUUUUUUUAUGUUAAUUUUACACCCUUUUAAGGGAAAAAUUAACAUGAUAAAGGGUAACUUUAAUCCCCAAUACACCUAAAAGGGGUAAUAUUUACACCGGUUUCGGAUCAAUACUACAGGGUAAAAUUAACAUUUCCGGAAUGUUAUUUUGACUUUUUCGGAUUUCUCUCAGUGUAGGUGCUAAAAUUUUCCUUCCCCAAAUUAUGAUGUCAUAAAUUCCUCCUCUCUCCUUUAUUACAGUCUUUGUGAAUGAUUUUGAAAAUUUGAAUUAUUUUAUUUUGAUCAUAGUUUUCGGCUUCAUUAAAUUCAUUCAUUUAGAUUUAGAUUUAGAUUUAGAUCAUUUAGAUUCAUAGCUUCAUUUAUUACCGAUUUCGGAUCAAUAAUGCAGGGUAAAAUUAACAUUUCCGAAAUGUUAUUUUAACUUUUUCGGAUUUCUCUCAGUGUAUGUAGAGAGGGAGAGUGAGAGAGUGCUAUAUAUAUGGGGAAAACUUGUCCGACGCCGCUUCUCCCACUUUUUUUCCCGCCUGACGCUAAUAACAAAUUUUCUUAAAAUUGAAAUCUUUAAAGUGAAAUAUCUCGAGAACCAUUCGACGAACGUCUUAAUUUUUUUUAAAUUGGUCUAAAUUUUCUGGACUACAACAUAAACAUAAAAAAUUCAAAAUCGCAUAUUUAGAUUUCGACAUAAACUACAAAACGUGAUUUUUAACCGGUUUAGAACCGGUUUUUCAGAAAACUAAUAGCACAGAAAUCGUCGUACGCGCGCGUAGAUAUAUUUAAAAAAAAAAU